CAACCCCCCCCGCCUCCUCGACUUCUUCACCCACCGUAGGUGCUCGUCAAGCUUUAAGAUACCACUCCGGAAGACAAUUGUCAGUUCUCGCUAGUCGACAGCUCAAUUUCUUCAUCAGCUUCACGAGGUUCAUAUCACUUUUCAGGGUCGAAUCAAUCUUUUGAACAAGUAGCUAUGUCUGCUGUUACCGGAAACAAGGCUUCCAUCGCCAUCCUCGACGAGUUGCUUGGCAAGCUCUCCCUGGCGGAGAACGUUGAUGACAAGCGCUCUGCCGCCUCUGAGGUCGCUCUCUUCAUCAACGGUGCCAUCGAGGAGCAGGACGCCCCCGUCCAGGCCGUCGACAAGAUCCGCGCUUCCUUGACCAACAAGAAGGACGUCGGUGCUCGUGAGUCCGCCCUUCACGCCAUCACUGCCAUCUGCUCCCAGGAGCUCGCCGCCACCGUCGAGCCCUACAUCGUCACCCUUUUGGGCGAUGUCCUCGCCGCUGUCGCUGACAAGCAGAAGUCCGUCUCCGAGCUCGCUCAGACCGCCUCCGCUUCUAUUGUCUCCGCCAUCAACCCCAAUGCUGUCAAGGCUGUCCUCCCCCCUCUUGAGGAGUCCAUCCGUCACGCCCAGAAGUGGGCCGAGAAGAUGGCUGCUCUCGAGUGCAUGAACGCUCUCGUUUCGCACGCUCCUUCCCAGCUCGGUUUCCAGCUCCCUGAGGUUGUUCCUUUCUUGUCCGAGGCCAUGUGGGACACCAAGCCCGAGGUCAAGAAGGCUGCUACCGUCUCCAUGGAGAAGGCCUGUACUUUGAUCGCUAACGCCGAUAUCGAGCGUUUCAUUCCCGCUUUGAUCAAGUGUAUCGCCAAGCCUGAGGAGGUCCCUGAGACCGUCCACUUGUUGGGUGCCACCACCUUCGUCCAGGAGGUUCAGUCCCCCACUCUCUCCAUCAUGGUCCCUCUUUUGGCCCGUGGUUUGAACGAGCGUGCCACCGCUGUCAAGCGUAAGGCUGCCGUCAUUAUCGACAACAUGUGUAAGCUUGUCGACGACCCCAACGUCGUUGCUCCUUUCUUGCCCCAGUUGUUGCCUACCCUCAACCACAUCAAGGAGACCAUCGGUGAUCCGGAGUGUCGUGAGGUCGUUCAGCGCGCUAUCGCCACCUUGAACCGUGUCGGUAACGUUCAGAACGGUGUCAUCCCCGAGCCUUCCAACGCUGGUCAGCCCAAGGUUGUCCUCGAGUCCUUGAAGAAGAUCAUCAACAAGCCCAUCGACGCCAAGUUCGACGGUAUCCUCUACUACAUCUCCUGCAUUGCUGGUCAGCUCAUCGAGGAGAAGAUCGCUGAUGCCCAGGACUGGGUUCAGAACAUCAAGGGUUACCUUGUUGCUUUCCUCCCCGAGGCUGAGACCGCUGCCAUCACUGAGGAGUUCCGCAAGGCCGGUGUCGCCUCCAUGGUCGGUAAGGUCGAGCAGGAGGACGAGGACGAGGAGGGUGAGGAGCUUUGCAACUGUGAGUUCUCUCUCGCCUACGGUGCCAAGAUCUUGUUGAACCGAACCAACCUCCGCUUGAAGCGUGGUCGUCGUUACGGUCUUUGCGGUCCCAACGGAUCCGGAAAGUCUACUCUUAUGCGUGCCAUCGCUAACGGCCAGGUCGAGGGGUUCCCCCCUGCUGACCAGCUCAAGACCAUCUACGUCGAGCACGACGUCGACUCUGCUGAUGCUGACGAGAACGUUGUUGACUUCGUCGUCAACGACGCCCGUAUCGCUGACCUCGGUCUCGGCCGUGAGGCCGUCGUCCAGGCCCUCAGGGAUGUCGACUUCUCCGAGGAGUUGUUGGCUAAGGCCGUCGGUGCCUUGUCUGGUGGAUGGAAGAUGAAGCUCGCUUUGGCUCGUGCUAUGUUGCAGAAGGCUGACAUUCUCCUUCUCGACGAGCCUACUAACCACUUGGACGUCAAGAACGUCGCUUGGUUGGAGAACUUCUUGAAGUCCCAGACUCAGGUCACCUCCAUGGUCGUCUCCCACGACUCUGGUUUCCUCGACAACGUCGUCGAAUUCAUCAUCCACUACGAGCGUUUCAAGCUCAAGAAGUACAAGGGUAACCUUUCCGAGUUCGCCUUGAAGGUUCCUUCCGCCAAGUCUUACUACGAGCUUGGUGCUUCUGAGCAGGAGUUCACCUUCCCCGAGCCCGGUUUCCUCGAGGGUGUCAAGACCAAGCAGCGUGCUAUCGUCAAGGUCAGCAACGUUACUUUCCAGUACGAUGGUACCGCCAAGCCCCAGAUCGAGAACAUCUCCUUCCAGUGUUCCUUGUCUUCCCGUAUUGCCGUCAUUGGUCCUAACGGUGCCGGUAAGUCUACCUUGAUUAAGGUCUUGACUGGUGAGCUCGUCGCUACCCAGGGUGAGGUCUGGUCCCACCCUAACUUGCGUAUUGCCUACGUUGCCCAGCACGCUUUCCACCACAUCGACCACCACCUCGACUCUACUCCCUCCGAGUACAUCCAGUGGCGUUACCAGACCGGUGAGGACCGUGAGACCAUGGACCGUGCCGCCCGUGUCGUUACCGAGCUCGACGAGGAGGCGAUGGCUAAGCGUAUCUUCAAGAUUGAGGGUACUCAGCGCCGUAUCGUCGAGAUCUUGUCCCGUCGUAAGCUCAAGAACUCUUACGAGUACGAGUGUACUUUCAUGCUCGGUACCGAUGUCGGUCUCAAGCAGGAGCGCUGGACUCCUAUGAUGUCUGCUGACAACGCCUGGAUUCCCCGUACUGAGUUGAUGGAGUCUCACUCCAAGAUGGUCGCCGAGGUCGACUUGAAGGAGGCUUUGAAGUCCGGUCAGUUCCGUCCUCUUACCCGUAAGGAGAUUGAGGCCCACUGUGCUGAGCUCGGUAUGGAGGCUGAGUUGGUUUCUCACUCCCGUAUCCGUGGUUUGUCCGGUGGACAGAAGGUCAAGCUUGUCCUUGCCGCCUGUACCUGGCAGCGUCCUCACAUCAUCGUCCUUGACGAGCCUACUAACUACUUGGACCGUGAUUCCCUCGGUGCCUUGUCUAAGGCUUUGAAGACCUUCGGUGGUGGUGUCGUUAUCAUUACUCACUCUGCUGAGUUCACCAAGGAGAUCACUGAGGAAGUCUGGGCUGUCGACAACGGUCGCAUGGUGCCUUCCGGUCACAACUGGGUUUCCGGUCAGGGUUCCGGUCCCCGUAUCGACGAGAAGAAGGAGGGUGAUGAGGAGGACAAGUUCGAUGCCAUGGGUAACAAGAUCGUUACUGAGAAGAAGAAGGCCAAGUUGACUGGUGCUGAGUUGCGUAAGAAGAAGAAGGACAGGAUGGCUCGCCGCAAGAGGGGAGAGGAGGUUUUCUCUGACGACGACAUCUAAACGGGUUGAUAGACUUCAU